AGCACACAGGACGAAUAUAAACACAGAGUGGAGGGGAGAAACUGAUUCGCUGCAAGAAAAGCUCAACAAAAUGGGCAAAUAGCUAUAGUGUCAGUGAUAAGAAGAAAGCAAAGAAUGGAUUUAUUGAGUGGGAGGAGAUGAGGCACAAGGAGACUCAGUCAGACUGAUUGAGAGACUGACAGACAGCACACACCGGUGUGAUCCUGUCUGAAUGAAUCCAUCUCUAUGAAUGUUUUCAUUUGGAAUCACUAACUGCAAAAAAUAUCUGCGCAAGUUCCCUUUUCUACUACCAGGACUGAAAAGGGAAGCAAACUGUCUUUCACUUUGGCUGUCUGUUCUCCAAAGCAGAUAAGUCUCUCAUUCAUUUCUGCGCUUCGUGAAGUGAGAUCGGAGUGUGUAUUGAGUCGGUGUGCUCUAAACUGAGAUGGGGACGGUGAGCGAACUUUGUGCUUCCAGCUUCCAGGCGUUCAUGUGUCCCAGUGUGUGCCCAGCUGUACCAGCAGUGCCAGAUGACCUGACGCCAGAGGAGAAGCAGGAGCUGGAGAAUAUACGGCGCCGAAAGCAGGAGCUGCUUGAGGACAUCCAGAGACUCAAGGAUGAGAUAGCAGAGGUGACGAAUGAGAUUGAGAACCUGGGGUCCACUGAAGAAAGGAAAAAUAUGCAAAGGAAUAAACAGGUGGCCAUGGGCCGAAAGAAAUUCAACAUGGAUCCCAAAAAGGGGAUCCAGUUCCUCAUAGAGAACGACCUGCUGAAGAAUACCUGUGAGGAUAUCGCUCAGUUCCUCUAUAAGGGUGAGGGCCUCAACAAGACGGCCAUUGGAGAUUAUCUAGGUGAAAGAGAUGAAUUCAAUAUUAAGAUUCUUCAUGCUUUUGUGGAGCUUCAUGAAUUUACGGAUCUCAACCUGGUCCAAGCACUCCGACAAUUCUUGUGGAGUUUCCGGUUACCUGGUGAAGCCCAGAAGAUAGACCGCAUGAUGGAGGCUUUUGCACAGCGUUACUGUCAGUGCAACACAGGUGUCUUUCAGUCCACAGAUACUUGCUAUGUUCUUUCAUUUGCCGUCAUCAUGUUGAAUACAAGCCUACACAACCCUAAUGUAAAGGACAAGCCUUCAGCUGAGCGCUUCAUAGCCAUGAACAGAGGCAUCAAUGAUGGGGGAGACCUACCAGAGGACUUGCUCAGGAACCUUUAUGAAAGCAUCAAGAAUGAGCCCUUUAAGAUACCAGAAGACGAUGGCAAUGACCUAACACACACAUUCUUUAAUCCAGACCGUGAGGGCUGGUUGCUGAAAUUGGGGGGACGGGUCAAAACAUGGAAAAGAAGGUGGUUUAUCUUGACAGAUAACUGCCUUUAUUACUUUGAAUACACAACUGAUAAAGAGCCAAGAGGGAUUAUACCCCUGGAAAAUCUGAGCAUCAGAGAAGUGGAGGAUUCAAAGAAACCAAACUGCUUUGAGCUCUUCAUCCCAGACAAUAAGGAUCAAGUGAUCAAGGCCUGCAAGACUGAGGCAGAUGGUCGAGUGGUCGAGGGAAACCACACAUUCUACAGAAUCUCAGCCCCAACCAUUGAAGAAAAAGAGGAAUGGAUCAGCAGUAUUAAAGCUGCCAUCAGCAGGGACCCCUUCUAUGAAAUGCUUGCAGCCAGGAAGAAGAAGGUGUCCUCUAUAAAGAGGCAGUAGAUUUUCCUGAUUCCUGAAGGCUAAGUGAAGGACACCCAAGAAAGAAAUGACCUGUGAUUUUGCAAGUGGACAAAUGAAACCUAGAAGCCAUAACUGUGGACUGGACCAGUCCUACUCAGGAAUGCUCUGGUGUUUUCAUGUGGAAAUGGUUAACUUCACUGGGAGUUUUGUGAGCCUUGUGUGACACUGCUUUUGACUUUGAUUUACUUUAUUAUGCUUUUUGAAUAAACAUGCAUACAUACUCAUUCAGGGAUUUGUAUGUAUUGAAGGAUUAUAGCAUUGGACAGAGGCUCUUAAACUGCAAAUGUUACAAAAUAAUGUGUAAAUUUAUUAUGUAUAGCCUGUGUCACUCUAUGAACAUUUUAAAUCAGCAGGUCUGACUCUACAAGGCAACUGAUGUAAAAGCUGCUGACAAAUAUGUAUUUCAGAUUUUGUUUUUAUUUGUUUGAUACAUGUACAGACAGCAGGAUAAGUAUAUUAUCUGCACGUUCUCCUGAAUAUUUCAUAAGCUGUGUUUCUUGAUCAGCUUCCAUAAUGACAUUCAUGUGGCUUUUUACAUGUUUGUAAUAAUUUUCUUUGUAUUGUCUGCUGUUAUAUUUUGUCUGCUUCUUGAAAUGAAGAUAUUUGCAUGUCUCAUUUCCAAAGCUAUUUUUAUAUGCCUUAAUGACUGAAGCAGUGGAUUGUUUUUAUACUGAUUUGUUCAGUCUUUUGUUCAUAACAAUGAAAGUGGCCUUACAUCCUGUAAUGUACAGUGUAAAGAAGACAUAUUUUCUGUUUUCUUUUUUUUCUUCUCUAUAUUACCUUGGGGCUUUUGUAUUUGUUUGACCUGAUCCAGUGAUACACUUAAAGUAGGUUUGGCAUUUUUGUCCCUCUUGGCUUGUGCAUCAUCUUUGUGCAACAGCACGGCCUGUUGUAUGUUUUUUCUUAGUUAAUGUGGGAGAACAAUUUUACAUUUUAAAUAUUAAAAUGGAGUAGUAAUAAUAAUAAUGAUGGUGAGGAUGGGUUGCUUUACUAAAAUAGUUCGGAAUGCAAGAGAUUUCAGUAUUUAACUUGUUUCUUUAUUGAAGUGCACAGAAAUAUUAGAGGAGGCAAUGUCAAUGUAUCACUUCUGUAUAUACUUUAAAAGUUGUAUUUUUGUCUGAAUGUGUUUGUAUAAAAAUAUGGUUUUGAGAAGACCUUUAUCAUUUAGAUUUUUUUGCAAUUGCCAUGUAGUCUUGAGUCUUGAAAUAAAACUCUAAAUCAAAUGAACUAAAAAAUAUUUUAUCAUGUCAGAAAUCCAGACACAAUAAAAUGUUUUUGGUCGUCUGGUUUUGUAUUGAAUGUUUAGGGCAUUAGCCUAGUUUUUAAUCACAUGGAAAUUAUAUCUUCUAGGAAGGAAUAUUUAUAUUGUACAUUAAAACGCAGCUUUUUGAACCGUU